UUCCCAUCCCACCCGGCGCUGCUAAGCUAGGAAUCCACCCGUGGCAGCACACUCGCCGGCUUCGAUCUCCACCCCCGGCGGCAGCAUCCACCCGACCGAUCGACCCAAGGAGAUGAAGCUCAUCGCAGGGAGCCCGGGGACAUGGAGCGGCAUGGCGCUGCGGGUGUCGCAGUGCAUCUUCGCCGCCGCAUCCGUCUGCACCAUGGUCACCGGCUUCGGCUUCUCCAACUACACCGCCUUCGCCUACAUGAACACUGUGUUGAUCCUGCAGUUUAUGUGGAGUUUGGGCCUUGCUUGUGUUGAUAUCUUCUCCCUGAGGAACAAAAAGGAUCUUCACGACCCCGCUAUCGUAACCCUCAUUGUUUUCGGUGACUGGAUCAUGUCUGUUCUCGUUUUCGCGGGAGCCUCUGCCUCCGCCAGUCUGGUGAUCCUCUUCACGAAGGAUUUGGACUUCUGCAAGGUAUACUGGCGACUGGCAUGCAGUCAGUUCGUGCUUUCGACCAUCUUGGCGUUCAUGGUGUGGGCGGUGGACGCUGCGUCUUCUUUCUCUGGGUUCUGGCUACUGGUCUCUUUCUUCUAGCGGUCUCACAUGCCAUGGUGUGCUAAU